AUGGAAAAUGAGAUUUCAGUAUAUGAAAAUUGUGGCUUUUGGGAAAGAAAUCAAUUGCAAUCAGCACCAGAUGAAAACGGAAGAAGAGUGCAAAGCUCUAUGACACAUCAUGAAAAAAAGAUUAAUAGAAGAGACAUCGAGAGCACAACAAGGCAUUGUUAUGAAUUAAAGAGGGACAUGAUAACAGUUUUAUGCCUUUUUGGAAGUCGAAUCGAGUCAAAUCUCUCACAGAGUGCACUUGUAGAAGUUCAGGGGGAAACUCUUAAUUUCCUGAAUUGUUUCGAAAGCUUUUAUGUCGAGAACAGAACUGAGCUCACAAAAGUCAUUCAGUGCAGAGCUUCUCCAUUGAGAGAAACCAAAGCAUUAAAUCGACUUUCUUUUCCUACCUUUGCGUUGUGUCUUGUGGUUCGUGAAAAGUUACAAUCAAACGCCACCUUAAUCGUUACACUCUCUCAACACUCAACACCCAACGACGAGCCUUAUGAGAAAAGAUGA